AUGCCGGAGAAUGAGCUGGAUGAGGAAGAGUUCAACAAAGUUAUAUCGGAGAAGUAUUAUGUCGAUUCGAACAAGAAGCGCGAUUUGUUGAAUCUUAUACCAUACAUCGACCUGACAACACUGAACGGAGAUGAUACAAAUGCUGUUAAUCCAAGCUUAAAAUGUGCAUCUAUAUGCGUUUAUCCUGCUCGAAUUGCUAAUGCCAAGUGUUAUUUGUUCUCGAAAGGAAAAAAUUUACCAGUUAGCGCAGCUCUGGAGGUUAAAUUAGCGAUUGCUGAUGGUGCUGAUGAGAUUGAUGUCGUGAUAAGCCGAGAUGCUGCAUUGGAACAGGACUGGAGACGUGAGUGA